CCCGCGCGCGAGCUAGCCGAGGCGCCAAGCCGCGCUGGCCGCGUUUGAAGUCUCCGGCGCGGGCGGCAGUUGGCUCGCGCGGGUCACGUGGUCGAGCCGGAGUUUCCCCGACAGCUGGCGGCUGCGUGGGCUCCGGCGGUGGCUCGCGAGCUCGCGGCGCGGCCUCCCCACCCCUCCUUCUCCCCGCCCGCUUCCGCCCGGCUGCUCGCCCUCCUUAUUGACAAACACCGCGGCCGCGGCUGCGCCUCUGAGCUUGGUUGGGAGCCGAGCCAUGGGAGACAAGAAGAGCCCCACCAGGCCGAAGCGGCAGCCGAAGCCGUCCUCGGAUGAGGGCUACUGGGACUGCAGCGUCUGCACCUUCCGGAACAGCGCCGAGGCCUUCAAGUGCAUGAUGUGCGAUGUGCGGAAGGGCACCUCCACCCGAUCCACAUUCUUUGAAGUUAUUGUGAAUGCCUCGAGGACCAAGGAACCGUUGAAAUUUCCAAUGUCAGGAAGGAAACCUCGACCUGUCUCCCAGUUGGUUGCACAGCAGGUUACUCAGCAGUUUGUGCCCCCUACACAGUCAAAGAAAGAGAAAAAAGAUAAAGUAGAAAAAGAAAAAAGUGAAAAGGAAACAACUAGCAAAAAGAACAGUCAUAAGAAAACCAGGCCAAGAUUGAAAAAUGUGGAUCGGAGUAGUGCUCAGCAUUUGGAAGUUACCGUUGGAGAUCUAACAGUCAUUAUUACAGACUUUAAGGAAAAAACAAAGUCAACACCUGCAUCUAGUGCUGCUUCUGCAGAUCAACACAGUCAGAGCAGCUCCAGCUCUGAUAACACAGAGAGGGGAGUGUCCAGGUCAUCUUCACCCAGAGGAGAAGCCUCAUCACUGAAUGGAGAAUCUCAUUAAACUUUAUUUUCCUCAGUUUCUAAAUCACUUCUGUCCUACCAUGCAGAUACACAGAUUAUGCCAAGAAGUACCACAUUUUCAUGACAAGCAUAUUUGUGUGCAAUCUAUAAUUUGAGUUUUGCAUAAAAUUAAAAAUUGUUGGAAUUUGUUGGAUUUUAUUGCAGUCUCUGCCUACAAAACAUUUCCAGACUUAACAUUUUGGCAAUUAGAUGUCAUGAAAAUGUGGUUGAAUUAUUCAUAUGCAGUGUUAUUGGUAAGUCUAUUUUCACUUUUAGUUUAGUGAAUUCUAACACAUAAUUCUCUACUAUUGGCAUGUAAUGAAUUUAAAUUUUUUAUAACAUACUGCAAGCUGCCUAAAUAUGUAUUAUUUGAGAAUUGUGAAACAAAUAGUUAUAUGUAUACAAGUCAGAGAUCAACUUAAUCACUAUUGCUGCAACAGAAUUUUCUUAAUGGUUAUCCUCUUAAAUACACCUGCUGGUACUUGGUGUGGUUAAAUAGGAAAGUUGUUAUUAAAGAAUUUGUAUGAAUCUUUGCCAAUGUUUUUGACAUGUUUUACUAAAUUAUUGUUUCUGAAUUAUGUUUCUGGUUUUACCCAUUUUUUGAGGUUUUUUGUUUGCUUAUUUUUCAAAACAUUCAUGUAUUGUAAUGUUUAUUAGCAGACUAGUAAACAAAGCAUUGAUUACUUAGCUUUAUAAUUCAGGUUUAGUGCUAUUGUCAUUGAACACUGGUUAUUUUCUGUAUUAUAUAAAACAUUAAAAUUCAGAUAAUUAUAAGCAUUUGGCAAAAAAAAAAAAAAAGAAAGAAAUUUGCCAUAUUUUAAAAGCUGCAAUUUUGGAAAAGCUUUAAUUUAAUGAUAGUUUUAUCACUGUUUUCUUGUCUCAAACUUAUCCAGGGUCAUAGAUGUUUGAGUCCAUUUAAUACAGAAAUAGAAUUGUUGCACAGAACUGGGAAAUAACUAAUCCUAAAUUAAUUUAAUUGGCUCCUUAUUAAAUACAGCAAUUGUUAUGAAAACCAUAGUUCCCUAUUUUCACACAACUGCCAAUUUAUGCAUUUAUUAAUAUUCUGAAAUAAAAAAGUAUUUACAGCCCCACUCACUAUUAUGUACAAUUACCAAUAAAAUAUUUUUAUGACUAUAGAUUUUGCAUUUUUGUUUACAAGUAAUAAAAUGUUUUAUGUUAUAUUUAAAAAUCUCAACUUUGAAACCACACAAUACUUUAAAAAUUCUUCUAUGGUCUCCUGCUUUCUGUAACCAUUUGCUGAGUAUAUAUCUACUUAUGGAGACUUCUAAAAUGUAAAUCAGCUUGAAAACAUAACUUGGAUACAAAAUAUCACAUAAAAGAUAAGGUAACAUUUGAAGAAAACUGUAGACCCUGACAGUUGUGAUAUUUGGUGGUUUCUCGUGGUAAUGUAAUUUUCUCUUUAAUUUCAGUACUUUUUAUAGACAUAAUGGUACUGUCUUUUGUAAGAUGCUAGUUGUGAAAUACAGUUAAUUGCAUACAGUAAAAAUCUGUGAUUAAAACAUUUAUAUACCUCAUUCUUUAGUGUUGUUAAAUGAAAAAUGAAAAUUUGUUUAAGAUUAUUGAGAUACCAACUAACUGGUUAUGUUCUUCUAAAACAAGAUAUUUUGUCUUAUCCUUAGUUUUACAUAUUCAUUUUUGAGGAAGUACAAAUUAAAAAUAAUUGUAAUAGAAAAAUACUGUAGCACUUAAGUAAAAAACUAAUGCAUUUAUGAUGAUUAGAUACUUUCAGGAUGCAUUUUCAAUGAACUACAAUAGAGAAAAAUCUUGACAGAAGAUGGAAUUUUACCUAAAUAGGACAUGCUCAUCAUUCUGUAUAGGUGGAAGAUGGUGUACCAUGGAGAUUAACCCAGUUAUUGCAAAGAUUCCACUUUUUGGAUUUUUGCAUGAAAUUCAUAUAUGUUACCUAGAAAAAUUCAAGGAACAAGAAUUUGAAGUGAAAAAUUUUUAUUAUGUUCUAUUGUUAGGGGCGUUCCAAAAACGAAACGGUAGGCAUUGAAGGGUAAAGAAUGCUAGCUGACAUCUAGUGUUUGAGUCUCUGUUGUAGUAUUUAAAUAAGCUUGGGAAAUUACUCCAUUCUAUAAAACCAAUGAUGAUUGUAUCUAACUCAUGAGGUUGUUGGGAAGAUUAUAUGUCAAUCCAUAUAAGAUUCUUAAUUAUAGUGGACCCUUGAUUUAUGAACUCGAUUGGUUCCCAAGGGCUGGUUGUAACUCAAGUUGAUUGUAAGUUAAUAUACCUGAGAUCUGGAUGUUUACCUGGGUACACUCUAUAGAUAACAAGAGGCAGAUGAAGUUUCCAUUAACCUAAUUAACCCAGUUCAUAUGUCAGGGCAGUCGCAACUUGAGGGUCCACUGUACCUGACAAAUACUGGUUGCUUAGUAAAUGUGAGUCUUUUUAUGGGCUGGUACGUAGCUCCAUAGUAAAGUGCUUGCCUAGCACAUAUGAGGCCCUGGGUUUGAUCCUCAGCACAGGGGUUAGGGAGUAAGCUUUAUAACUUUAGGUAAAACCCCAUUAUAAAAAUACAAAAAUAAUUUUUGUAAUGAAAUCAUUUCCAUGCUUUCUGCAUAACCUAAAGGAAUAGUGUUCUAAAAGUUACAGUGAGGGUCAGGGAUGUAGCCCAGUGGUGCAGUGCCUGCCUGGCAAGUGCAAGGGCCUGAGUUUGAUUCCUGGUACCAAAAAAGAAUAAAAUGAAUUUUCACUGUAACAUCAGGUGUUUGCUAGAAAUACCAUCUUUCCACAAUUAACAUGAUGAAUGUAACUAUGAGAUUGGAGAAAUGAGCUAGGUUGCCUGGUUUGAAAUUUUGUUUUCCUUUCAUUAAUCACAAUUAUCUUCACCUGUCUUCAUUUUACUCUACCUCAAAUGUACUUUCUCGCCAAUAAAAUAUGCAAAUACCAUAAGUAACUUACAUCUACUGUUAGAGUAUGCAAAACAAGUCAGAGCGUGGGGUAGGGUGCAUUUUAGCUCUCAAUUGUGCUGUGAAUUUACAGUGUGGUUUUAGCAGUGGGUCCUUUGGACCAAAUUCUAUACAAAAACAAUUUGAAUGUUUUUCAGAGUUUAUUAUUUUACUUUGAUAUAAGAAAGAGUGAAGGUAUACUUUUGAGGAACACAAGAAUACAUUCUCUCUUCUUUUUAACCCCAGUACUGGGGAUUAAAUUUAGGGCCUUCACAGUGAGCUACUAGUGAGAGGGUCUUAGUAAGUUGCCCAAAUGGACUCAAACUUUGGAUCUUCCUAUCUCAGCCUCUCAGAGUGCUGGGACUACAGGCAUGUACCACCACAUCCAGUUGAAAAUGCAUACUCUUAAAAUUAGUUGUAUUACACAGUACAAAUAGUUGACUUAAUAGCUUAAAGAUUUUUAAAAAAUUAAAUACUUCUUAAAAUUAUAGUGAUAAUAGACCAGGUGAAAACAUUUUAAAAAGGAAAAGCAGCCUAAUUUGAUAGCAUCUUUAUUAACUUUGUUUUAGGUACAAGCUCUUGUUGCCUAAAAGAAUGUAGUUUUAAUAUGUGUUUUAUUGGUAAGUACUCUGGAAGUUUAGUUUCCACAGAGGCCCUUAUUUUACUUUGUUGGUCUGCAAAUUUUCUCUUUUCCAAAAUCUUUGAAGGAUCUGAUACAAGAACUGGUUAAGCUGUUGAUAGAUGUUUCUGCACUGUACUUUGAAAAUUAAGUGACAACAGAAGAGAGUUCAACAGUGGUUUGAGUUUUUUAGCAUUCACCCCCUCCCAUUCACCAUAAGACACCUUCAGUUCCCUGGAACAAUAAAGUUAGAAAAAUUGACGAGCAGAAAGGCCAUCAGUGACACAGUAAAGCUGAGUGG